CCUGCUCUCACUUCAAGGUGCGACAGGCAACUCCCUCCGCCCUUUAGUCUACCACAAUGACGCAGCCUGUCGUGCCAUCCAUCGAGCUCGCCAUUCCGAGUCUGCAAGAAGCCUUGGCUGUCUCUAUCUCCUGCGGCUCCUUCGUUGAUACCGCAUACUAUCUGUUUUCACGUCGCACUGCGGACUACAGGGUAGGUCAUCCGCGCGUUGUGUAUGCCAACAGCCGGGUCUUGAAAAUCACCGGGGACUAUUUCAUAGCUCGUCCAGACGAUAACGUUUUGCGCACAGAGUUUUAUGGUGGUCUCUCCGCAGACGACGAAAUCCCGGAUGCGACUGAUGAUUACGGUUACGAGUCUGACAGCGAUCUAGAAGAAGUUGCCGAGCAUGACUCCGAACAGACAGAGAGCGGAUCCAAAGGAAAGGGAAAAGCCUCUGACAAAACAGAAACGGACUCGACGAUCUCGAGUCUUCGUGAAGAAGUGAAAUGCAGAGGCGUGAAGAACAGUUUGUUCGUUCCUGAUGUCGCAGCUGUGACGACGCCCAGCUGGCAGGCGCUUGUCUUCUUCAUCUACACAGGAAAGAUAUCUUUCGCUCCUCUGCGGUCAAAUGGUCUGCAAGCGCGCCGCGCGGCCCUUGAGGAGCACCACCGUAUUCACCCCGAACUCCCCCCGCUCUGCUCGCCAAAAUCCAUGUUUAGGCUGGCAGACAUAGUCGGAUUGACAGUGCUGAAGACACUUGCUGUGCAGGAGAUCCAAAAGCAGCUUUCGGUAUCGUGCCUCACAGAUGAACUAUUCUCGCAAUUCUCUGCUAGGUACCUCGACGUACUCCAAGUGCAACUCGACUUUAUGUACGGUUGCGGACGAAUGACACAGGUCAUGCAGAAGAUCCAGCUCCACGUCGCUUCUAUCGUGAACGGCGCGGUUCCCCACACGGAUGCUGUGCUCUUGGCCCUGCUUUUGAAGUUAUCUGAAGUGCUGUUGCUCAACCCGGCGCCAUUUCAGGCGAUGCCUAUAUUAUUUAAGUUCGACCGUAGAACGGAAGAGGGCCCACCGCAGCCGAAACCGUUUAAGUUUAAGUUUCCAAGUGCAGGACCUUCGGUAGAAACGAAGCAGGAACCCGGAUGCUCCUCCCAGUGAAUGGUCGUCCGGGCGAAGAUCAGUCGUGUCAUGCCUGGGAGUUAGCGCCUCGAGCACAUUGUAGGGCGAUCUGUUUUUUUAUGCGACUGGUUUCGGCUUCGCGGACCUUUGUAUGUAACUUUUUGAGCCACCACAGCAAUGAUGCAUGUCGCCCGUACUGUUCUGCUGGACAGAAUGUAUCGUCAUGCUCUACGUAAUAAAUU